ACCUUUAGCAAAACUGAAUUACAGAAAAUAACCGAAGUUAGUUGUGUUGCUUGCAACAAAUUUAACCGCUUUCAAAACAAACCCACAAGCACUCUUCUGCCUGCACCCAACAGAAACACAGAUAAAAAAGGAUGAGAAGGUAAAAAAGUAAAUGCAUUUUUUUAUACCUACGUUUCUCUUCUUGUUCAUGUAAAAACAAAAAAGAUUAAAACAGAAAGGAUAAAAGAGUGAUCGGAGUCAGAGGUUUUUUUUUUUUUUUUCUCAUAUUCUCAGUGUUAAACCCGACGACGAACGGAGGGAUAUGGGUCAACGGCGUUUGACCGUAGAAACGAUUUCUAAGUAGGGUUAAGAAUGUAAUUUAGGGUUCCAAACUCUGUCCCAGGAGGUUCUUUUACUGUUUAUAAUAUUCAUUCGGUUCUGUCCUUGGUGUUGUUUUUGCUGUCUUUCCUUUUAAGGCCUUGUGUGCUUUCCCUCUUCUAUAUAAGGUCUCGGUUCUCUUUUUCAUUUCCUCUCUCUAUGAGUUAAAAAGAUAGACUAACCAAGAGAGAGAAGGAAAGAAAUGAGAACAAGACGAGGGCUUUGUUACCCUAAAGCCGAUGUUUUUGUAGACAGGAUAGUAGUGAAAAGGAGGGAUUUCGCCGGCGAUAACAUGGGUUGCCGCAAACGGCAAAGAUUCUCACCGGAGAUUGCCGGAAAGAGUGAUUUUUUCGAUGCUUUACCCGAUGAUCUUAUCAUUUCUAUACUGUGCAAACUGAGCUCUACCGCCCGUUGUCCUUCCGAUUUAAUCAACGUUUUGAUUACAUGCAAAAGACUAAAUAGUUUGGCACUCAAUUCUCUGGUAUUAUCCAAAGCCUCUCCAAAAAUGUUUUCCAUUAAAGCCAAAAGCUGGUCCGAGUCAUCUCACGGGUUCUUGAAGACCUGCGCUGAUGCCGGAAAUGUUGAAGCUUGUUACACUCUUGGCAUGAUUCGUUUUUACUGUUUACAAAAUCGAGGGAGUGGAGCCUCUCUUAUGGCUAAGGCGGCAAUUAGCUCCCACGCGCCGGCGCUUUACUCCUUAGCUGUGAUUCAGUUCAACGGCAGCGGCGGCUGUAAAAACGACAAGGACCUCAGAGCGGGUGUGGCUUUGUGCGCUCGAGCUGCUUUUCUUGGCCACGUCGAUGCCCUGCGUGAGCUCGGUCACUGUCUGCAGGACGGGUACGGUGUCCGACAAAACAUCGCCGAGGGCCGUCGACUUCUCGUCCAAGCCAACGCACGAGAACUAGCGGUGGUUUUAUCAUCACCAGCUGCUUCUAACAUCUCUACGGGCUCUUGGCUCACAUGGAGCCCACACCCAGUCCCGCACCCUAACCACGGUCAUCCGACCGUGCCGGCAUGCCCGUUGCUGAGUGAUUUUGGAUGCAAUGUACCAGCGCCGGAGGCGCAUCCGGCUAGCAGGUUCUUAGCGGAGUGGUUCGGCGCUCGGGGCGGGAUACCCGGCCCGGGCUUGAGACUAUGCUCGCACGUUGGUUGCGGUAGGCCGGAGACAAGAAAGCACGAGUUUCGCAGGUGUUCGGUUUGUGGAGCUGUGAAUUACUGCUCACGCGCUUGCCAGGCGCUUGAUUGGAAGCUUCGCCAUAAAGCUGAGUGCGCGGCGGUGGAGCGGUGGCUCGAUGAAGAUGUGGAUGGUGGAGAACCAAACGUGGCUGUUGAUGGGAACGAUGACGUAAUCGCCGAUAGUUAGAAACGGUUACGGCUAUGUUAACGGCCCUUGGUAAUUUAUGUUUUAAGUCCAUAGAAAAUCAAAAAGCGGAAAUGGAAAAAACGAGGUUAUUUUUGUGGAUUAAAACGGCAGAGUUUUACUACCCCUUUGAUUGUAUAGAGGAGUAAAUCGAAGAAGUCAGGGGGCUUUUGGUUUUUUGUUUUUUUUUUUUCCUUGUUUCGUAAAAGACGUUUCCUUUUUGUACUAUGGAGCAAUGUUCGCCUUAAUUUGGGUAAAUCACAAUCCCGCAUCGGUAAUUUUC